UGGUGUUACAGUUUUUCGUUGUUUUUUUUUUUCGCGCAGUUAUAGUACCUCGGUAUAAUGAUAUAGCAAAUAUAAAUAGUAUAAAAAAAAAAGAUUGGAGAACGCGAUCGCACUCGGUGAGGAAAUAAUAAAUAAAUUGUAAUCCUGAUCGCCGCAUCGAGGAGGCUGCGGAGUCGAGCCGCCGCCGCUUGAAUGUUUUAGUCAAGCCUGGAAACUGCUGAGGAGCUAGGAUGCGGUUGUUCAAGAGACGCUGCUCGGAUACGAGCCCGCAACUUGUCUCGGCGACACCGAUUUCCCAGGAUGCGGUAACGGCGGCUGUCAACGAAGACCCGGAGGAACCCGAGGCGGAAACGGACCAGGAAGUCGAGCCGGAAAAUUCUGGGAGACGCAAGUCUGACACCGAGAUCGUCCAAGAAGGUGGAAACCAGAUGCCCACCAACCUCCAGUCCUCCAAUUCGGCUCGGAAAGGAAUCUCCACGUGGGGCCGGAAAGUGGGAAGACGAUGGGACCAGCUCAAGAGGUCUGAUAGCUCCGAGCUUCUUGCUGUAUCUGGAAGAAGACGUCGACAUUGGAGUCCCAACAGACAGACAGAUAAUUCUGACACCGUUUCUGACGACAGGCGAAAGAACUCUCCAUCGACGAUGGAAUUUCUCAAGCCGAAGAGAAUCUCUCGUGUGGAAUCUUUGAGGAAUCUCUUUCGCACUGGAGAACGGAGCACGAGUUCAGUCGCCCUUGACGCUAUAGCGCGCAGCGCAACGAUCAGCGAAGAAGAUCCGAAUUUCCUGGCGGAUCGAUACAGGAUGGCCAAGGCAUUGAGCGAGGGGAGUGGCUCGAUGAUGACUCUGAGGAAUGUCGAGUCACGUGAGGAGGGUAGCGUCAACGACAUCGGGGCGGACUACAGGGAUCAGGAAACCCUCCGUGGCAAGAAAAACCACCUGAGCAGGAGCAUACAGAACCUUCAGGAGCAGCAACGUGUCCUGGACUUCAUACUCACCAAUCAGGAUAUCCUGAAGACCAAAGAGGGCGAAGAUCUUGCCAGGUUCACCCUCGAGGCUGCCAAACGGUGCGCUUCAAACUCCAGACCCUCUUCCAUGGUCGUUGAGUCACCAAGUCACUCUGCGCCCGCGGAAAAUCAAGGCCAUCAGCUAUCGUUGGUUAAGAGGAAUCUUUUCAGUCGGCCAUCAGCCUCGCGAGAAAGUGGUGAAGCUGUCAGAUCGUCCGGGUCUUCCUCGUCUUCGGCAUCGUCGACAGUCUCGUCGAUGACGCCUUUGAACGGAUUGGAGGAACUGAUGAGCGGAUUAAGAGUGGGCUGUGACGAGAGCGGCUACGAUUCGGACAGCACGAGAACAGGUGCAGAUUCUCCGGAUAGUGGAAAGUUGGUUAUGCCUCUAGCGUCCUCGGGUUCGAACGCUGGAUCCGAGAGGGUGAAUCGGAUACGAAGCUUCUCCAUAACCUCGGACGAUUAUCACGGCAUAGAUUUGUCCAUGGCGAGUACCCCUAAGAAGAAGAAUAUCAACAAUAACAACAACAACCAUCCUGGAAGAAUAGCGGAAGCCCCGCCUUCCGAGAAUUCAACUUGCGCUCAAGACGAUCAUCUCAACGAUUCCACCACGACGCAAACCACGAUACUUAUGUAUGGGGACCUAGACGACGACGGUGACGAGACUGACAGCUGUGACGAGGACACUUUCAUACCAAUAUCGUCACCAUCGAGACAAGAUCCGCGGGACGAAUUCGCCGACCGGACCCUGACCAUGAGCAAAAUGUCCUCGAAGAGUUCCGGGAUCGGAAGUAUGGUUUCGGCGAGUUUCGAGACCCCCUCAAUCUCCGUGAAAUCGGAGGCUCCGGUACCUUUUCCGAAUCACCUAAGGCCCCAAAGUUUGCUGGGAAAUCCCGGCACGCCCAUUAGACCCGGGGCUAAACUGGUGCCGAGAAACCGCUGCAACUCCAAUACCAGUCUUCUUCAUCUGCUGGAUAAUGCCGCGUCCCCCUGCAAGGACAGCCCCCCUGCAACCAAAGGCCGAUUGCCAGUCGAUCACGUGGCCAACGUGCCCUGCUAUUACAGUCCAAAGCGAUCGAGAUCGGGCCUCGAUUCCGAGGAGAAUGCGGCUAAGCGUCAGGAGCAAGACUUCUCGUCUGAGGCAACGACGUCGAGUACGAACCCCACUAAGGGGCUGGUGCGCCGGGAGUUGAAGACCAUGAAGCUGCUCGUCGAGAGGCCAGGUGGUCUCGGGGUCGCCGUCGAGAAGCGGGAGGCCGCGCGGCCGUUUUACGUCGUCUCGAAGGUCGACGCCGACGGGGAGGCAGCCAAGGGUGGGCAGAUAAGAGUCGGCGACGAAAUCGUCAGGGUCUGCGGUCGCCGUCUACGCGGAAUGUCAGCGGCCGAGGCGCGCACCGCGGUCCGAAGUUGUUCGGGGACCGUGGAACUCCAGAUAGCCAGAGAGCCCUCCUUCGCCUUCGGCGAGCUCGGCGACACCUGGGGCGACGUCGUCAUGUCCCGUGCUCGCAGCGAGUCAGACGUCUGGAAGCUGAAACGGCCGAAGUCCGAGGCCGAUCAGGCCCAAUGCGAGGUGGUCGGGGCCUUGACCAAGGACGGGAAGACCGUUUCCGUGAACACGAUGGACCAGCUCGAACCACUCGAGAAGCCGGCCUCCCCCACCCCCGCCAAGACACUUACUGGAAUGAAGAAGUUCCAGGUGGUUAAGAAGCGGAACCAGAACAUGGCCGGCGCUACUUGCGGACGACGUGCCACUAGUCUCUCGGUAAACCUGCUCACUGUCACCCUGAAGAAGGGUGCUACCAAGAAAUUGGGCUUCUCGAUAGUCGGUGGAUCGGACAGCUCCAAGGGAUCUAUGGGGAUCUUCGUCAAGGACGUGAUGCAGGGCGGACAGGCUGCCGAGGAGGGCACUCUCAGGGCGGGGGACGAGGUUCUCGCCAUCAACGGACUACCCAUGAACGGACUUACUCACGCCAAGGCCCUCCAGGCAUUCAAGGCCGCCAAGCCUGGUGACUUGAUACUCCACGUUGGACGCAGGGAUCCGACCCACAAUAAACGAUAUAUCGUUCAAUGCAAGUCCUACGACGCUCUGGACAAACUGUCGGAUUGUGACGAGGAAUAGACCAAGGAGCAGCCAAGUCAACCGACUACUUCACCGAGAUUAUUGUUUAGUUUUUGGCGACGAAGAUUCGUGGUUUUUUUUUUAACUUAAAUUUCAAACAAAAGUUGACUGCUUUUUUUUCAACUGUGACAGAGGAGAUGAUGAUGAUGAUAUUAUUUACAACCGUGUCGAUACGGUGUCAUUCUGAUUUUUGUUUCUUCUUGUUUUCUUUUUUAUUGCGUCGAGGCUUGAGAUUGAAACUGAAUUAUAAUACAUGUAUAGAGAGACAUAGAUUAUGUUAUCGAAGCUACGUUAAAUUCACCUUGGGACAAGUAGGUGUCUUUUAUUUGUAUAGUUUACGUUAAUUAUAUCAAGCCGAGGACUUGACUUGACCAUGUGAUACUUGACUGUUACUCAUGAAGCGAGAUUUGUCUCUUGAUCUUAGGAGCGUGAAAUUGAUUCGAUUAAUUGGAGAAUUUGUCAAGGUGACGAUGUUACGUCAGAGAAUCUCGCGAGAUGUUUAAAUUGACAAAACAUGGUUUGAAUUCUUCAUUCCUAUCGUGUUGAUAUACCCAAUCAGUAAUUCGUGCGUAUUUCGGUUUCGACCAAAGUGUUAUUUUUUCAGUUGGAUAACGGCGAUGACAUUUUUUUUCUCUCUUACUCAAGUCUUUGCAUCUUUCGAUAUGACGAUCGAUCAACGGAUCGGCAAUAACUCGUUGAAGGCAUGAAGAAUUUAUUUCGCUGCCAUUUCUUGCUAGACGCGUUGAACUAGCUGAUUGGGAUAUGGUCGGCCAUAAAGCAGUUUACCUUUAUCACGUGUUUCGUAAUUCUUGAAAUACUAUUGUUUCUGUGUUUAGAGUGAAAUCUGCGUACAUUUUUAUUUUCAAAAUGCAAUCAUCGAUUAUUUCCUGUAUCUGUACAUAUACAUACGUACAUUAUAUACUACAUACAUAUAUUAUAAUAUAUAUAUAUAUAUAUAUAUAUUAUAUUGCAUAUUAUACAUAUUAUAAUAUAUGUAUGCAUAUAUCGAUCGAUCGAUGAAGAGGCAAAACAACUUGCGUAAUGAAACCGAAAUACAUUU